CAGAUUAACGUAGCUUUAAACUACAAUGGCCGAACACGUUGCACAAGACUUUAAUUCUUUGAGAGCAGUUUCUCACGUGCCAAAAUUCGAUAGCACAAAUCACCGAGAAUGGAACUAUGAGAUACACUUAUGCUUCCAGGCCAUGGAAGUUGAUUGUGUUGUGUUGGGAACAGAAUUAUGUCCAGCGGAGGAACGCAAUGAAGAAAACCUACUUUUGAACGAAGCAGCCAUACGACAAUGGACACGGAAGGACGUCUUAGCUCGAAACUGCAUCAUGGCAACUAUAACUAAGGAAAUGAAGGAAAACCUGUAUAUAUGCGUUAAUGCAACUCAAAUGUGGAAAAAAGCUGAACCAACAGUAUCAACUGCAAACAGAAGAGCAUCUACACCUACUCUGGCAGAACUAUUACGACUUUAACUA